UGGAUUUAGUGGCCAUCAGUAGAGUAUGACUUAACACUCCUUCGGAAGAGUAAUGAAAGUACAAAGCAAGCAGAAGCGGUGAAAAAUUCGAAGGGUAAAUCAAGGCCAGAAAAGAACAGGAGUUCCCAUUUGAUUUCUGAUCAAAAUCGAACCAUCGCUGGGAAAUUCAAAUUCAUGGCGUCAUUUGGAUCUAUUAAGCAAGCAAUUUUCGAGAAACAAGCACGAAAGCAGCAGUAUCAGGACCAUAUACGAGGGCUCAACGCAUUCGAUCGCCACAAGAAAUUUUUGAAUGAUUACGUUGCUUAUUAUGGAAAAGAGAAAUCGGCUCAAAAAAUAUUGCCUAUUAAAACUGACCAAGACACCAUUAGAGAAGGAUAUCGGUUCAUAAUGACUGAGGAAGACGACAUGAAUCCUUCUUGGGAACACAAGCUAGUAAAGCGUUACUAUGACAAGCUCUUCAAGGAAUACUGCAUAGCUGACAUGUCCCAUUACAAGACUGGCAAGAUUGGCCUUAGAUGGAGGAUUGAAAAGGAAGUAAUAUCUGGGAAAGGACAGUUUGUUUGUGGUAAUAAGCACUGCGACCAAGAAGAUGGUUUGUCAAGCUAUGAGGUGAACUUUUCCUAUUUUGAAGCUGGGGAAAACAAACAAGCUCUAGUGAAGUUAGUAGCGUGUGAGAGAUGUGCAGAGAAGCUUUAUUAUAAGAAACAAAAGGAGAAGGAACAAUUGAAGCGAAAAGAGAGUGAAAAACACCAAAGAAAAAGGGAUCGGUCUGAGAGUGAUGAUGACACAAGUAUCAACCAUGGCAAAAGCAAAGAGAGGAGAAAAGGUAUUAUGCUGCACAGAAUUAUGCUCCUGAAUACUAUCACUUAUGGUUUAUGAAUGCGGGAUGGAGAAUUUUAAUUA